AGUGUUGGCGGAGCAGCGAGAGAGGACGGGGUGGAGCGCGACUCACACUCUCAUCCUCAUUUGACUCUCCCAGCGGCGGGUCGCGGAGGAGGCGGCCGGCGGUUCUGUGGUGCGCAAGGAACUGAGAACACGGAGACGCAGAGAAAGAGGGAGAGAAAAAAUAUCACUAUCUAUAUUAAUUCUCUUUCGCUCUCUUCCUACUUCUUCUCCUCCUCGUUUUUCUCCUUAUCCUUCACCUUCUUCUCCACUGCCUUCUCCAUGAUUUUCCUGCUCGCUUCCUCUACCUCCUCCUCCUCCUCUUUGAACAAUCGCUCAUUUCAAUCACACUAAGGAGUUGAUUUUUUUUUUAUCCACCUACGUACGUGGAAGAGAAAAAGGAAGAAGGAAGAAGAGGAAGGAGGAGCAGGAGUAGGGUUAGAAAGAGGAGAAAUGAGGGAAGGAUAAAAAUAUUUAAAAAAGAGACAGAAAUAACCACUGAUGAAAGAGAAAAGACCGGAAGAAAAGUAAAGAAAGUUAUGAAGAUUUCAAGUUGUUCAUGGAUUCUUCUUCACUGUGAUUACUGAGAUGCCAAGCAUGAGUGACACAGGCAGCGAGGCGGCGGCCGGCGUGGGCCGUCUGUCUGCCCUCCUGCUGCUGCUACUGACGUUACUAUGCGGCCCCGUCAGCGCCAACUUCAGGGAGCGGGAGAAGCAGAUCAUCGACGAAAUCAUUGGACCGGCAAAUUACGAUAAGAGAAUUCGACCUGCGGGAGCCAACGACACCGGUCCCGCCGUGGUGCACAUCAACAUCAUGAUCAGGAACGUGCAGACCAUCUCCGACGUGAAGAUGGAGUACAGCAUUCAAAUCACAUUCAGAGAGCAGUGGAAGGACCAGAGACUCACCUUUGACAAUAUGCAAGGUCGCAUCCAGUACCUCACUUUAACCGAAACGGAGAUGGUGUGGAUGCCGGAUCUCUUCUUCAAGAACGAGAAGGAGGGACACUUCCACAACAUCAUUCUGCCCAACCUGUACAUUCGCAUCUACCCCGACGGUGGCGUCCUUUACAGCAUCCGGAUCUCCCUCACCCUCUCCUGCCCGAUGAACCUCAAGUUGUUCCCCCUCGACCGUCAGCAGUGUCAGCUCCUCAUGGCUUCCUACGGGUGGACCACGGAGGACCUGGUGUUCCUGUGGAAGGACGUGGAGCCCGUCCAGGUGACCAAGAACCUCCACCUGCCUCGCUUCACCCUCGAGAAGUUCAUCACGGAUUAUUGCAACAGCAAGACCAACACGGGUGAAUACAGUUGUCUGCGGGUAGACCUGGUCUUCAAGCGCGAGUUCUCGUACUACCUGAUCCAGUACUACAUCCCGUGCUGCAUGCUGGUGAUCGUGUCCUGGGUGUCCUUCUGGCUGGACCAGAACGCCGUGCCUGCGCGGGUCUCGCUGGGGGUCACCACCCUCCUGACGAUGUCCACGCAGACCUCCAGUAUAAACAAUACUCUGCCACCGGUGUCCUACACCAAGGCCAUCGACGUGUGGACGGGUGUGUGCCUCACCUUUGUGUUCGGCGCGCUGCUUGAGUUCGCGCUCGUCAACUACGCGUCCCGCUCCGACAAGCACCGCGAGAAGCUCAAAGAGAAGCUGAAGGAGCAGAAAAAGCAGUGGGAGAUGGAGCACGCGGCGGCGCUGGAGGCGGCGCUGCAGGAGGCCGGCGAGGACGGCCACACCUUCGGCAUGAGAGUUUCCGUCUUGCCCCGCCAGCCGGCUCCGCCCCCGCGACCCCGGCGGCUGAUGGACCUCCUGGUGGCCAAGACGAAGCCCCUCGUGUCCCGCCACAACGGCGGUAUGGGUGGGGACAAAUCGCGGCCGUGCGAGAUCCACCUGGCAGCGCCGCGCCAGAACUGUUGUCGCACCUGGCUGUCCAAGUUCCCGACGCGCAGCAAGCGGAUCGACGUCAUCUCCCGCAUCACCUUCCCCAUCGUGUUCGCCUUCUUCAACAUGGCCUACUGGAGCACCUACCUCUUCACCGAGGAGGAGGAAGACGGACCCAAGUAGGUGGCAUGUGUUAUGACGCAAGCGAAGGAAAGGCCAAAAUUGGUGAAGAUGCUGAAGGGCGGAGACGUGAAGGAAAAGGCGAAGGGGCGAGGUGAAGGGACUGAGGCAGGUGAUGAAUGUGAUGCAGUACGCAGAAAAAAAGUGACUGAUGUUGAUGGAAGAGGAAUCUCAAGGCGGGGACGAAGCAACGUUGUAAGGGAGGACGAGAUUGCACCUCAAGAUGACGUUUGGUGUGAGCAGUGUGAAAGUAAGUACAUAAAUUCGUAUUCAAGCUGUGAAAUUAAGAUUAAAGAGGAAUUUAUAGGAAAAAAAAGCAAUCUCAAUGACAAUGUAAGUUAAAAAAAGAAGGAAAAAAGAGGAGCAUUUCAUCGAGACGCAAGUAUUACGUCACCAGUGCAGCAAAUCAAGGCAGCACAUCAAUCACGUGUUGCAGACUUGAGUUAACGUGGUCAUGAUACAGAAAAGCCAGAUUUAAUUUUACCAACUUCUUUUUCCUUCACUAAGACGUGAUGACACACAGUCUUGUUAUUCCGUUUUCGGUUGAUGUUGUUCAGAGUGAUACCACUGAAGAAAACGGGGCGUGGGGAACAUUUUCUGACGUCACACUCGGAUCUUUGUGUCGUCACAGGUCAAUAUUGUCUUUCGUUACUGUUGUCAGUCGUAACUAUAGUAAUAUUAUAACGGUGAUGGUGAUGCAGUCUGUAACAAUAAUAGUAAUAAUAAUAAUAAUAAUAAUAAUAAUAAUAAUAAUAAUAAUAAUAAUAAUAAUAAUAAUAUCAGUAAAGAAAAAAAUAAAUUUCAAAGCAAUAAUAGUGCAUAAUAGUUACUAUACACGUAGAUUAAGACUAGAUUAUUAUUAUUAUUAUUAUUAUUAUUAUUAUUAUUAUUAUUAUUAUUAUUAUUAUUACUAUUAUUAUUAUCAUUGUUAUUACCACCAUCACCAUCAUCAUCAGUACUAGAGAGCGUGAUGAGCAGUGCCAGCGUCCCAUGCACUAGGGAGUCCUUAGCAUUGAUCACCACAGUAAUAAUAUGAAUACUCUUCUCUUAACACGUCGAACAAUAAACGAAGAUGCAUAAUA